GCAAGGCCUCGGUCCCACACGGGCAAGGACAGACGGACAUAAGAGCUGAAAUGUUCCUGCAGGCAGAAAGCACUGACACCUUCAAACUGGACAUUUGGUACUUCAGCAACAGAUUUAACAGCACGUGAAGUAUCAAAAUGGAUGAUUUAGAUCACAGCAUACACAUUGGAGAAUACGACUGGACAAGCUUCUUUGAGGAAAGUGAGGAGUGUGGUCUGCUGCAGCCUUUGCUUGCCUGCCUUGAUCAUACCAGCCUCAGUGAUUCAGAAGAUUCAAGAAACUCAAGUCCAGUUUUCAUCAAAGGCCGACAGGAGCCUCAGCAGACCCCUGAUGCAAACAGUGACAAAACUGAGAGCAACGCUGCACCAUGGUGCAUGGGAGAAGUGCAGAUUAAUCUGAGCAGUUCAAGAAAAGAGCAAGAUGAUCCUAGCACAAAAGCUGAAGAAGACAGUGACACACAGUUGAGCUGUGAAAUAGGCCUUGAUUGUCCUACAUGCAUAGAGGAUGUGCAUUUGAUUUGGUCUGCAGUGCAUACCACAGAGGAGACAAAUGAUCAAAUCACAGUAGCACUGCAAACGGAGCACAUAAAUGAUUGCUCCUCACUUGGAGAGGCAGUAGAGCAGAAAAAGGACAAUGGAGUCUUGCAAACAGAGAGUGACACUUGUGAACUCAAACCCACACUAAAACCUGACCCAUUUUCAUGCAACCAAACAGAAGUAAUUGUGAAUGAGCCACACAGUACAGACAGAGCUGAGGGCAAGGAUGAGAGCAGUGUCGCUUUAAGAGCUGAAAGAGAGCGCUGGUUCGUGACAGUGAAUGACAGUCCAGCACGACAGCGGGUGCAUGGCUCCUCUGGCAAAAAAAAACGAAGACAAAAAAAAACUAAGGUCAGUCACAUGUGCAGAACAAGCAAGCUGGAAAAUAGCAACAGCUUUAAGCCAGAGGGAAACAGAGGUGAUGAUGGAUCUAAGGGAGGGGGGGACAUAUCUGACACUUAUCCAAUUGUUGAAGAAAAUCCUGAAAGAAUUCCAGUGGGAGUCAAUUCAGAUUUAUCCCAAAUGUCCUCAACGUCUGCCGAAGAAGACAAUUCGCCAGAGGAAUUUACAUUGUCUCAUUCCUCCAGAGAAAAAUUCACUUUGCAUGAUGCAUUUAUAUUCAAAGGCCCUCCGCGGUUGGACAGUAUCGAGUCCGAGGAUGGUGCUGAAUUCUUCUCCACACACAGUUAUGAUUCUGAAAGCUAUCUGUCAGCUGCUGAAUCAAUAGACGAACCUCAGUAUCUGCCCAUUAAUAACCCACCCCUGAAAAACUCAGGAUCUCUAACAAAAAACAGCUGCAUGCUCAGUCUGAUGGAAAAUACCAAUGCUGACAACACACAGGUGACAGAAAUACCUUUAUCUGAAAGCACUCUCUCUUCCAAUUCAACAGCUGCAAGCUCUGAAGGUUAUGAAUGCACUGAUGUUGAUCCUACUCAAACGUUUCCACCUGUGGGCCAAAGUGUUAACACAAUGCCAGAUGACAACUCUGCAUGUGUGAAUGACACUCCCAGCAAGUUGUCCUGCAUAUCCUCAAACCCAUCUGGAGUCCCAAAACAUGACAUUAAUCUUCCAGCAUCUGCUUGCUCCUCAGGUGAUCAGCUAAACCUUCUCUCUGUUCCUAAUUUAACUGUAACAUCAUGCUUGUCGGCCGACAGUCCUGAAACAUAUGCUGAAGCCACAGGAAAUACUCGACCUGUCUACGCCAUUUCUGCUUUUUGGGAUGAAAUGGAAAAACUGACGAUAAAUGACAUUUUGCAGCUCAGAGUGGGUAGAAGCCCACCUCCCAGGGACACACAAGAAACAGUGACACGAAAUGAUGAUUUCCCAACAAGUCACAGCUCUUUGGAUGAAACUGGAGAGUACAGUUUGUGCAGUGGUGGGUUAACGGAUCCUGACACUGCUGACUCAGACUACUCCACGCAGGCUGACGAAUCCAAGCCAGAUCGCUCAAGCUGUGAGUUCUCCACCUCUGAUUUUGAGGAAGAGUACUGGCAGUUUCUGGGUGCCAGUAGGAACCCAAGUCCUGAUCCUCAGAGCAAAAUGCAAAGAACGACAAGAGACUCACCUUAUUUUGAGGAAGGGGAGUCAACAUGUUCUGAAGGAAAGGAGACACCUGUUCCCCCAGAGGACUUUGAAGAGCAUCUGUUUGAGGAUCUAGACUCCAAAGCUCAUAAUUCAAGUGAACUUGUGUGGCCUAGGCAGAUAACCAAAAUUAAAAGUAUGCACAAUGUACUGGCUCUCAAUACAGAGGAUUUAUCUUUACAGCUGUUGCUUGAUAAUGAUGAUACCAGUCUGUUUCUCACAAGCUGUCCAUCUCUGGACGAAGACGUGGUUUUAGAAGCAAGUGAUAGCCUGGGAACACUAAUGCCCACAACUUUCCUAUCCAACACACAAGUGCUCAACGAUCUUUCUCAAAUGUCCUUUCCUGAAGUGUUUGAAAACCAAUGGACAGAUCAAACAAAGGCGGCCAGAUGUAUCACCUAUGAUCCAGAAGAUUUAUCAUCACCGCCUGUGUUUGACUACACUCCUUGUACACUCAGAGAUGAAGCAUCCCUCUAUUUCCUCCAUGAUUCCCAGUGCUGCCACGAGAAACCCAUCCCAAUUUUCUCUUGUUCUCACCCUACUGUCCGAGAACUCACAUUCCCAAAUCCCAACAAUGUUUUCUUGAGCUCAGACUACAAGACAGCCAAUGACUUUUCACCAAUCAGGCUUGUGUCGCACUCUUUCAUUCAGGGUGGAAAUGUGGGGACAUCUGCAGUGGCUUUCAGUGGUUUCCACAGUUUUCUGUCCUUGAGGAAGAUUCACUUCCAAAACAAAGGUAGUAUCUGGUGCGGAAGCUCUGGCAUCUGGGUGUUUCCAGUGGAGGCUGCAGACAAUACCAUUAAGGGAGAAGAUCCACCGUUAACUGUGCUUGGUAAGAGGAGUGUCCUAACACCUUCCUCUCAGGUGUUCAGAGAGCUAGCAGUGCAGCAGGGGAUUCUAGGAACUUUCCAAAGCACGAGGCGUGAGGGCAUCUUCUCCACACUGAAGCAGUCAGAUAUGUGUUUGGUCUGCAUUGCAUUUGCUUCCUGGGUAUUAAGAUCAUCUGAUCCAGAGGCUGCCGAUACCUGGAAAGCUGCUCUGCUAGCAAAUGUCAGUGCCCUUUCAGCUAUCCAGUACCUGCGGCAGUAUGUGAAGAAGAAACCUUCACAAGAGGAUCUCUGAUGUUCACUCACAAGAGAUGUCAUUUCCAAACUUUUUCACUUGGGUCCAUCCAUGAUCAUAUGUCUACUAUAAAUACUGUAUAUAUCCAGCCAUUACAAAUGCCCUCUGCCUAAGUGUAUGCAUUCAUUUUCAAGAAAUAGUUUAAGAAUGAGUGUCAAACUGAUGUACUGAGAGCUGAGUGGGUUAAGAAAAAGGCUGGUGGUAUUCUGUGUUAAUGAUUUUCAACAAGUUCUAUAUGGAGAAAUCUGUGAGAUCAUGCUCUGACUGUUGCAUCUGGUCAAGCCAAUCUCAAUUUCUUAUCCAUAAAGAGGCAGACUUAGGAGGGACUUCAUAUCCCAGUGAAGUGGCACUAAAGUUGCAAUGUUCUAUAUCAGCUAUUGAUCAGUGUUGAAAGGACAGGGCUUGAAUUCACUUGACAUACAGAAGUUAGGUGUUGGCUACAAAAUCCUACCAUGCAUGACAAUGAAUUUUGUUGUACUGAGGUCAUGGAAGUUGGAUUUUGGAACUGCCACUUGGGCCUAGCAGCCUAAUAAUACAUGCUGUUUAGUUAUACUAAUUGGUUGUAGCAUCCAGAGACACUUAAGUCGGCUCCAUAGACUGUAUAAAAUAUGGACGUGGUAUCCGUGACGUCACCCAUCAGCGAUAUUGGAAAUGCG